AUGAAUCCUGACGCAGAAACCCAGCAAGAACAAGAACUCCCCCAGAGCGAGAAGAAAGGCAAAAUACAGGCUCUUCUCUCUCGGGCUCAGAAACCAGACGUGCUGUUGGUCCGAUUCUUCAGACAGGUAUACGAUGAGCACCUGGGCACGUCUCGUCUUGUCAAGCCAGCUGAACCGGAAACCUUCGAGAAUGUAGCUCUCAAUGAGGGUUGCAAGAUGGUGAGAGGCAGUCUGAUCGUAGGCAACCGGCACCUGCGCUGUCACCUUCUCCGUCUGCCAAUCCAUGUCCGAUACAGAAUUUAUGAGUUCUUGUUCUGUCAUUACAACAGUUAUGUCGAGAUAGGGGGACCAUAUAACCACCAAAUCGGGGAUUUGGCAAUCCUCAGAACCUCGCAUGUGUUUUAUCAUGAAGCGUCUAUCGCCCUGUAUCAUUCCCUGGGUGAUCGACUGCUCUUUUUCAGAAAUUACGGGUCGAAAUCGGUCGAUUUCCUCAGACGUCAGCCAACGCCGUUGCCAUGCUGCCGCAACCGAGUCUUCCAACAAUGGUUGGAAUACCCCUGUCGUAACAGGGAGAUUGUGUGGAGAAGAUCUUUCAAAUCAAUCGUGUUUCUGAUCGGAGCAUCCGAGCCCCUGCUGGCAGUUCAACGUCGCUGGGCGUUUGCAGAGUUCAUCACCACUCUAAGAAUGAGAGAGCCCCUCAGAGUCCACGAGCUUUCUGUCGUUGUGUACAAUCAAUGGAAGAUUCCCGGAUUCGAUGAGGGAGACCUGGUCCGCGCUCUGUUCAGUGGCGGGAUUGAAUUUCUCGGCCGGUUGAUAUUCAGAGGCCUGGCCGAAGACGAGACAACACGCCUGACUCAACUCAUCUUUGCCCUCAGAAUUCCCAAUUUGACGAUCGAGCGGGCCAGAACAAGAGCCCAGGAGGAAGAAGUCUCCAUUAGUCUGUGUUCAUUGAGAAUAUUGGAUCGGGGCUCAAACGCAUUGAAGUACAAGAUCGAUGAUGGUGAAAAAGACCUCACGGUCAGCCUCUGCACUCUGGAGUCCAAGACCGACGACAAGCAAUCGCUUCUCGUCAGGAGCUCGACCCCCAAGCAGCGAGGUGGCCAUCAAGCGGCUCAUUGGAAGGAGAUCAUCAUCGGCUGGUUCAGAUAA